UCAUGUUUUUACAGGAAACGUCAAGAAGAAAGGUGGGGACAUGAAGGCGCAGCUUACACUUGGCAGUCCACUGCCACUGCUUUACUAAGAUGGCUACCAUGUUGUCGCGGACCAUCUCACUCGUUGAAAAUCUCACCCGAUUCAAUGGGUCGAAGAUAUUAGGAUGCAAAACCAAUUUAGUAAAGCAACCAGUUCGAAAUUUAAAUGUACACGAACACAUCAGUUACAGUCUAUUAAAUGAAGCUGGAGUACCGACUCCUAAAUUUGGAGUUGCCAAAACUCCAGAUGAAGCUGCAAAGCUUGCUGCCGAUUUGAAAACUAAAGACAUUGUCUUGAAGGCACAAGUGUUGGCUGGUGGCAGAGGAAAGGGUCAUUUUAAGGGUACCAAUGUCAGUGGUGUCAAAAUGUGUGAAACCCCAGAUGAAGCGAAAAAAUUAGCAAGUCAAAUGUUAGGUAAAUUGUUAAUUACUAAACAAACUGGUGAAGCAGGUAGGAUAUGCAAUGCAGUAAUGGUAACACAGCGCAUGUUCCCUCGAAAAGAAUACUACCUUGCUGUCAUGAUGGAAAGAGCCUUUGGUGGUCCAGUUAUAAUAGCUUCAAGUCAAGGUGGUGUAAAUAUCGAAGAAGUCGCUGCAACUAAUCCUAGCGCUAUUAUGUACGAGCCUGUUGAUAUUAACAAGGGAAUUACGAAAGAACAAGCGGAACGUAUUGCUGUGAAACUUGGUCUACAAAAUGUGAAAGAUUACAUUUCCAAUAUAAUUGUAAAUCUAUACCAAUUGUUCUUAAAAAAAGAUGCCCUUUUAUUAGAAGUGAAUCCUCUCGCGGAAGAUAUUAAUGGAAACUAUUUCGCAUUGGAUUGCAAGUGCAGAUUCGAUGAUAAUGCCGAGUUCAGGCAAAAACCAUUAUUCUCUUUGAGAGAUUGGACUCAGGAAGAUCCUAAAGAGGUCGAAGCUGCUAAAUUUGACUUGAAUUACAUUGCUCUCGACGGUAAUAUUGGCUGCAUGGUGAAUGGUGCUGGCUUAGCCAUGGCCACUAUGGAUAUCAUAAAAUUACAUGGAGGAGAACCAGCCAAUUUCUUAGAUGUUGGCGGUGGUGCAUCCACUUCUGCUGUAAAGGAAGCAUUUAAAAUAAUUACAUCUGACCCAAGAGUGCAUGCUCUUUUGGUUAACAUAUUUGGUGGAAUCAUGAGAUGCGAUGUUAUUGCAGAAGGAAUUAUAGCAGCAACUAAAGAACUCGACUUAAAAAUUCCUGUCGUUGUUCGAUUGCAGGGUACGAACGUAGACGAAGCGAAAGCUCUAAUCGCGAACGCAGGUUUAAAAAUCGUACCGAUCGACGAUCUAGACGAAGCUGCCCGUGUUGCGGUUAAAUUGUCAACAAUUGUUAAGUUAGCACAAUCCGAAAAUCUCAGUGUUAACUUCGAGAUACCUUCAAUUUCAUAGAUUUAGCAAAAAUUGUAAUUUACACAUUAUCAGGAAACUAAGGAGAAUGUAUUCACGCAUUGUUAAACAGUUGAAACAACAUUUGAAAGUAAUAACUACACUAAUAACUUCAAGUGUCAUUCUGCGCUUAUCUCUCUUAGAGUUACAUCUCAGUGUUUCAAACAUUGCCGUGUCAGAUUGAGUAGAAAGAAAAAAAAAAUCGUCGAUUUUACUGGACAAAUUUAUAUUUUUCAAAAAGGACACACUUUGUUUCCAGUCUUGUACAUUUUAAAUAUUAGAAAAAUGAUUCAGGCGAUUGAUUCGAAUUUGAUGUUGCUUCCUUUUUAAUGUAAGCACAAAUUCUCUCCCAAGAAGCAUGCAAAGCAUUCUUAAGGAUAUAAUUUAUUGCUUACCCAUCGACGGGUUUCUGUGAUUCAGUAUUAAAAUUAAGUUAUAUAAUACAUAUUUAUCGACAUAGCUAUAUUUUUUGCACGAAAGUGUAUACAACAUUCUUUCGAAGCUUACAUCUAACAGAGUACAUGAUUACUGUCCGAGGCGGAAUCUUUUGUAAAAUUAUCAUUUACAAAAGAAACUGUUAAUACCUAUUUGAGGUACGUGUCAUAAAGAAAUGGCCUGUAAAUGUAACAUAGACAUAUGUAGUUACAUGUAUACAUAUAUAAAUUAUUUUACGUAAU